AUGCAUGGGUUAUUCUGCAUAGAAAUUGGACGCACUGCAUUUUGGGACCUACCCUCCGAACCCCCUGUGGUCCACACCCCGUUCGAAUGCAGUAGUAAGAAUCAAAAUUUUCGCUUUCAAUUACGGGGAUGGCUGCUCAUGUCGAUAUACGCGUCGCCGUACGGCGCGUCAGACGAUGGCGGCAUGCCGGACGAGCUUCCCCGAACCAUCAGCCUCGAGCGGUCCUUUGCUGCCCUUUACGGGUUGCAGAACAGCCAGCAGCAGCAGCAACAGCAGCAGCAGAGGAAGUUUCGCGGAUGGACCAAGAUGGGUUCAUUCUUCGGUUCGUCCAAUUCCAACACAUCCGCUGAAGCCUCCCGCCGGGGCUCCGCUGCAGGUUCGUCAGCGGAGGCUCGGAAAGCAAAUGCGGCCCCGUCCCUGCUACGAACAGUAUCGCUACCCAGUCGCGCUGCUGCGCUGAAAGCACAGCAGCAGCAACAACAGCAGCAGCAGCAGCAGCAGGAGGUGCAGCAGAUGCAGAGGGCGGUGCGAUCUGCGGAGGAGGAGGAGAGAGAAAGACAGCGACAAAUCGAAAUGUUUGGCACCGUUCUCGCUGACGACGUGCCGCUUCCCCCGCCGGGAUUUGAAUACGGCUCCGACUUCUCCCCCGACCGCCCUUCCUCCCCUCCCCCUGCCGUAGCAGCGCCGCCGUCGCCGCCAGAAGGGGCGGUGGGUCAGGGGUACGGGGAGAGACCUGGCGCAGAUUAUGAGGGCGGCAGUAGCGACUGCGAGGGCGGCGGUAGCGACUGGGAAGGUGGUCGUUCUGUAACGAAUGGAAAAGUCGCAGGAGGAGAGGGAGGGGGGCCGGCGGAGUAUUGCCCGCGGGCAGUGCGCGAGUUUAGGCGCACGACGUCGUCGCCCGUGCCCAAGUGCCCGCCGGCUUCCGCGCCUGCGGGCGCGGCGGGCGCAAGAGACCGGCGCCUGGCGGGGGAGUGUGUGGGGGCGACCUUAAACGGGCCCUUCAGCAGCGGCGGGGGCGCCGGAAGCGGAGCGAGUAUGGGCGGCGGCGCGGUUGGCGCCAGGGCGGACGACGUGCGCGUUGGUGGUGGGAGCGCUGGGAUCGGCGGGAGCCCUGCGCUUGCUGGUCGCGCCACGAGCGGCACCGCAGAGGUCAUGGGGACUCCGUCCCGCGCGUCUGCGCCGUUUGUUGCGCCUCCCGCCGCCAGCAGCAAGCCGCCCGUGAGAGGCGGGUUCGGGCGCAGCACGAGUGUCACGCAGACGCAGGGGAAUGCCGCGGAGGCCGCCGCUCCUGCGGGUGUGGCUGGCAGCGGCGGGGGUGGUGGGUUGGGAGGGCGGAGGUCGUUUCGGCGCGCCAUGUCGAUGGAGCUGCGGCCGCGCGCGCGACUCAACAGGGCGCCGCUCGCCCUCAACCCUCUCGACGCCUCCCCGCCGCCUAACAGCGCCGCCAGCGCAUUCCCCCGGCCCCCCGUCCCAUGGGCAGCAGCGGACGACCCAUGCUCCCCCUCCGCCCCCGUUCCCGCCCCCCACAAGCAGCCACCCCCGUCUCUCCCCACGUCGUCCUCCCCCUUCGGCCGUCCUCCCCCCAGCAGCAACCACAGCGCCCGCGGGUGGGCGGCGUGGACGCAGGCAGAUGAAGCCUCCCCCAGAGCCGCCUUCGCGCCGCCCUUCUUGCGCUCCUCGUCCGUCGGAGGCCCCCCCCCAUCCUCCCUGCGCAACAGAGAGCUGCCCCCGCCCGCCCCCCCCUACAGCGCGCACCCGAACCCACAUGCAGGGAUAGGCGCGUGGGCAGGGGCAGGCGGAGGGGGGAUGGGCGCAGCGGCGGGCGGAUGUUAUGGGUGGGCGUCCCCGGGGUCACAGCGGUCGCUCAGUCCCGAACGCGCGGAGAGCCAGCAGCGGCCGCUGGGUCUGGUGCAGGAGAGCAGCGAGGAGGGCGUGAAGGCGGGCACGGCGGAGAGGCGGAGCGGCAGGGAGGAGCGUGGCGGCGGGGGGAGGGGCCUCAGGGGGCGGAGUGGGGAGAGGGGCGGGGAGGCGAGGAGGAUGGGUGGGCGGGCGAGGGAGAGGUGUGCGGGGGAUGAAGGCAGGGCUAGACGGCAAGACGCGGAGAGUGGGAGCGAGAGUGAAGACGACAUUGGGCGCAAGAGAGCCCAGCAGCAGCGCGCACGUGUGGGCGGCGGGGCGCGGGCGUUUGGGGAGGGGCGAGGGGGGGCGAUGGGUGGGAGGGAGGCGAGGAGGGGGCUGGUGCGGUCGGCCAGUGGGGUGGAGCCGAGGCACUGCCGCAACCGCAGUGCGGGCGGUGGCAUGAGCAUCGGCGCCACCGGCAGCGUUGGCGUUGCUGUCACGUCCGCCCUGGGCCCCUUUGACAACUCCUUUCUUCCAAAGGCACCCGCAGCUCCACCACCACCCGCAGCAGGCCCGGCACGUGUGGAUGCUCGCAACCCUCGAAGGGGUCUGGUUCGGUCGGCCAGUGGAGUGGAGGCGAGGCACCGGCGCGAGCGGAGUGGAGGCGGCAGCAGCAGCGGCAGUGGGGGAGCCGCAGGCAUGGGGUGGCUGGCGGGCGGCAUGGGGGGGGGAGAGCAGGGGGAGCCGGGGGAGGAGAGGCGAAGUGAGGGCGGCAGGGCGUUCACGCGGUCGAGCAGCGGCGUGGAGGCGCGGCACAGGAGGCAGCGCAGCAGCGGCGCUGGCAGCACGGGCGGUGCGGGCGGCAUUCUCGGCUCGCUGCUGUCGCGCCCGGGUGCAGUGGAGGGGGGUGCGGCGGGCGACAGGGACGGUGGUGAGGGCAAGGCGAGCAGCAAGGGGGGGGGCUUUGGGUUGGUGCGCAUGGCAACGAUGGAGAGGCGGCGCGGCAAAGGCCGCAGCAACUCCGUGGUGGAUGACAGGCUGGCUGCCAGCCCCUUCCAGGACCUCUCCUGGGAUUAG